GCCAGGAGGAGCCUGGAGGUCGUAUUGGAAGUUGUAGUGGGAGGUGUGAUGUGGUGACAUAACGUGACGGCUGCACGGAGCCUACACACUGACCGGGCCUUAUGGCUCACCGCUGCCUGCUGGUGCAUGGCCUCUGCCGGCCUCUCACCGGGGCGCUUCUUCCAGUGCUGCCCCACAGUCGGCGUGCCGGGGCCUGCUGCCUUAGAAGGUUUCAGACUCAAGCCGGUGAUGUAGGCAAGAAGCCUUUGUUGGCCAGAGUUAUAGCUGCGUACCGACGACUGUGCUCUCAGCCCCCUAAAGGUUUUGAGAAAUAUUUCCCAAAUGGCAAAAACAGCAAGAAAGUCAAUGGUGCAAAACAAAAUGAGUCUUCCUCUGGGGGCAAGGGGGCAUCAGGGGGAGGUGGCAAUAAAGGUGGAAAGAAGAGUGGGAAAUCAGAUGAGUGGUGGUCAAGAGUACAAAAGGGUGAAUUCCCUUGGGAUGAUAACCAGUUCCGAUACUACUUUCUAGCGUGUACAGCAUUUUGGGCUGCUGCAACUUACUACAUCUUCUUUAGGAAAGUUCCUGUAGAAAUCACAUGGAAAGACUUUGUGAACAACUACUUAUCACAGGGCAUGGUGGAUCGUCUGCAAGUUGUAAAUAAACGUUUUGUAAGAGUUGUGCUCUUUCCUGGAAAGUCAAGUAUGGAAGGGAAAUAUGUCUGGUUUAAUAUUGGCAGUGUGGACACCUUUGAGAGGAAUUUGGAAACCGCACAGCAGGAGUAUGGUAUAGAGCCAGAGAACAGAGUACCUGUGGUCUAUACAGUAGAGGGUGAUGGCUCCUUCUUUCUGAACAUUCUUCCAACAUUCCUUAUUCUUGCCUUCCUUGUAUACACUCUGAGGAGAGGUCCUGCUGGAGGAAGAACAGGCCGUGGUAUGGGAGGGCUCUUCAGUGUUGGAGAGACAACUGCCAAAGUACUUAAAGAUGAGAUUGAUGUCAAGUUCAUAGAUGUAGCUGGAUGUGAGGAGGCUAAACUUGAGAUUAUGGAGUUUGUCAACUUCCUGAAGAAUCCAAAGCAAUACCAAGAUUUAGGAGCAAAAAUUCCAAAGGGUGCCAUUCUCACAGGGCCUCCUGGUACAGGAAAAACAUUGCUGGCAAAAGCCACAGCUGGAGAAGCCUGCGUACCUUUUAUCACAGUCAAUGGCUCAGAGUUCCUAGAGAUGUUUGUCGGUGUCGGACCUGCCAGAGUACGAGAUCUGUUUAGCAUGGCCAGGAAGCAUGCUCCUUGCAUUCUUUUUAUUGAUGAGAUAGAUGCUGUUGGACGGAAGAGAGGACGUGGCAACUUUGGUGGUCAAAAUGAGCAAGAAAACACACUGAAUCAACUCCUAGUAGAAAUGGAUGGUUUUAAUACUACAACAAAUGUAGUCGUAUUGGCUGGUACAAACAGACCUGACAUCUUGGAUCCAGCUCUCAUGAGACCUGGCCGAUUUGAUAGGCAAAUUUACAUAGGGCCUCCAGACAUAAAAGGCAGAGCGUCUAUAUUUAAAGUUCAUCUUAGGCCCUUGAAAUUAGAGAGUACUAUAGAUAAAGAUUCCCUGGCAAGAAAAAUGGCAGCUUUAACACCUGGAUUUUCCGGGGCAGACAUCGCAAAUGUGUGCAAUGAAGCUGCUCUUAUCGCUGCCAGACACCUUUCUGAUGCCAUAAACCAGAAGCACUUUGAACAAGCUAUUGAGAGAGUAAUAGGAGGCUUAGAAAAAAAAACUCAGGUUCUACAUCCAGAGGAAAAAAAGACUGUGGCUUACCAUGAGGCUGGGCAUGCUGUGGCAGGCUGGUUCUUAGAACAUGCAGAUCCCCUUUUAAAGGUUUCUAUCAUCCCUAGAGGAAAGGGCUUAGGAUACGCUCAAUAUUUGCCUAGAGAACAGUAUCUGUAUACAAAGGAACAGCUGCUGGAUAGGAUGUGCAUGACACUGGGCGGCCGUGUCUCUGAGGAAAUAUUCUUUGGAAAAAUAACUACUGGAGCUCAAGAUGACUUGAAGAAAGUGACGCAAAGUGCCUAUGCUCAGAUUGUUCAGUUUGGCAUGAGUAAUAAAGUUGGCCAUGUUUCAUUUGACCUUCCACGUCAAGGGGAGAUGGUGUUAGAGAAGCCUUAUAGUGAGGCCACUGCAAGACUCAUUGAUGAUGAAGCUCGAAUACUUAUUAACUCUGCAUAUGAAAGGACUGUGACACUGCUCAAGGAGAAGAAGUCCGAUAUAGAGAAGGUUGCUCUUCGCCUUUUAGAAAAGGAGGUGAUAGAUAAGAGUGAUAUUGUUGAACUUUUGGGGCCAAGACCAUUUGCAGAAAAAUCUACAUAUGAAGAUUUUGUUGAAGGUACUGGGAGCCUGGAUGAGGAUACGACACUUCCUGAAGGUCUGAAAGACUGGAACAAAGAUCGUGAAAAAGAGAAGGAGGAAUCUACCGAAGAGCAGAUAGCCCGCCAUAUCAGUGGAGGAAUGCCAUUUUGAUUGACUCAACAAAACCUGGAUUUUAAAAAGCUGGACAGUAUUUUUUUUUUUUUUAACAAGAUUUAAAGCAAUUAAAAAUUUUCACUUAAAAAAAAAAUAAUAAUGUGAAGACACCUUUGUUCUAUAGGAUUAUAUGGUGUCCUAACGGACAGGCAAACAUUUAACAGUAUAAACCAUAUUCUUAUUUAUUGGUUAGGUAGAUAAAUGCAGACACAAUCUACUUGCUAGAAAAACAAAAUCUUAAAGGGGUUAUCUAGGAAUAGAAAAACAAAACUGAUAAAAAAAAAUUUAAAAAAAUACAGUGUUCCCCUUUCCUCAGGUUGUGUGGUGGUAUUGCAGCUCAGUUCCAUUGAAGUAAAUGGAGCCAAGCUGUAAAACCACAUGCAACCUGAGGACAGGUAUGGUGCUGUUUUUCUAAGAAAUUUAGUUCUGAUUUUCUAUUCCUAGAUAAUUACUUUUAUUGAAUGAAUACAUUUUUGGACUGAUAUUGUAUAAAAGAAACAAAAAGUAAUAUAAAAUAAAAUUGAGUUUCUUAUUAUAAGAUGCAAAUAUAUCGGAGGUCUACAUUGCUUAUAUGGACAAAUUAAACUCUUAGCUGAUGUUGUAAAAUAGUUAUCAUGUAUGUCUGGGUAUUUCUGAUAAACCCUCCAUCAAAUUAUGGCAAUUUAUAAUAGUGAUAUUUUUAUUGUAUUUAAAGGGGUUGUCCCAUCUUGUCAGUACGACUUUCCAGCCACCUCCGGCAUGUUUACAGCUGCUGCGGGUAGUCAAAAAAAGCCAAAAGCAGCCAAAGUGGAGAUGUUAAGAAAUUUGUUUACUCCCAUUGACUUCAAAGCCCAAAAUUGAUCAAUGGUGUAGCUUGCAGGUUUAUGCCGUUUGCGCAUCUCCUACUAAAGUCAAUGGGAGUUACACAUUUUGUGUAACUUCCCUGCGUCGGCCUCUUUUGCUUAUCCCAACCAACCCGCGGUGGCUCCAAACAGGUCGUGGCCCACAGGUUAUGCCAAAAGAUUAUAAACAUUGCCCCAACAAGAAGAGAGCACGUGAAUGGAUCUGAAAAAUAACUGUAAGGGUUGGUUUGUAUGUAGAUAUGAAUGUAUUUCGUGUUGUAUAAAUG